UCAUUCUCCGGAAUUACCAAUUUAUACCAACAGCUCUGGCUCCAUUGUGAAGAAGGCGGAAACAAUAAUAAUGUAAAGCUGCCCCAUACUGCAAGCAAGAGGAAUAGACAUGGCAACUGUUUCUGAAGCAGAAUCCAUUAAGGAGGGAGAGUAGAAGACAAAAGGUAGAGGUGGAUCCAUCUCUGCUGAUGUCAACUGCCAGGUCAUGCAGCAAAGGGGGGGUUGGUGGGUUAUACUGCACUUGAGAGGGACCUGGACUCCAAAGAGCAGCUGCGCUCUCCUCCUUUCAAGAGAUCAAACAGAAGCAGCAGAGGAGUCUUGGCACAAACAUCUAAAAGAGAACUGAGAUCCGCUACAUCCCAGGAUGAGCCUGUUCCAUUCCUCGCUGGUGCUCCUAUUACUCUUCAGCGCUCCCUUUGGAGAACCAGCUGACAGCUAUUUCCCUCUUAAGGACUCCUGGCAUGCAGGGGAACUUUCCAAAAACAUUGCCAACCCAAGCCACUGGGCUGAUGCCAUCCCAUGUCCACAAAGGAAGUCCACACCACCUUUUAUGGGCAAGCGUCAGGAGCAGCAGCAGCAGCAGCUACGGCAAAGGAUGCCUCCAGGGAAGAGCAGAGUUGUCUCCGUCCCACAGGGGGCCUUGCUGGUGGAACGGGAGAAUGACCUCUCCACCUACAACUGGAACUCCUUCGGUUUAAGAUAUGGCAAGAGACAAGCGUUGCCAGCAAAGGAGAAAUUAUGAAAGUGUGGGGCUGCCAUAGCCAAGUAUGGUGGUCCGGGGGGAGAC